GUCAUUAAACGUCCAUAUCAGAGCUAUCGAUGCUUUAGUAUAGUAGUGCGAUUGCUUUUGUCUGUCUGAUUGCUGUGCAUGGACCACUGGCUGACGUUGGACUCAAAAUCUAUGUAAAAAAUUCCCUGCCAUACUACAAAUUCAGCAAUGCAGUCUUUAGAAGGAGAGAAUCAACACCUGUGGAUGUCACAAGUCAUUGAUUUGGUGUCCAGCUAGAGCUAGCUACAGCUAUGUCUGUGGCCUCUCUCCUGCGAAGUGCCAUGAGAGUGGGGAACAGACGUGUCACAGCACAUUUGGUCCAUCAGAGAGCUCUUUCAGGGGCAGAUGCUAUCAAUGCACUGAGACCUUUCUACUUUGCAGUGCACCCAGACUUCUUUGGCCAGCAUCCCAGGGAAAGGGAAGUGAAUGAAAAUUCCCUCAAGAGACUCAAUGGUUAUUUGGAAAACCUUCAGAAACCGGGGACCCGCUCAGUCCAACCAACAAAGCUCACCUUUUAUGUCAGGGAAAUAAAGGAGAAGGAAGACAUUCAGGAGGAUGUCCUUCCUCCUGGGUUCCGUUCGGUCAGCUUCACUCUGCAGACCAAGGAUGUCCUGACCACUGUAAUGGAUGUGCUGAAGUCCUGCAGUCUGUCCACAGAGCACAUGAAGGGACUGAAGGCCAGCUCAGAGUCACCCAAGAGCCAGCAGCCAGUGGCUGGGCAUGGGAACCUUUUCUACAGGCCCAUCAAAUGGGACAAAAGCUACUACAGCUUCACUGGCUUCAGAGACCCAGAGCAGGAGCUGAAGCAGGCUAAGAAAGUAGAGCCCACACUAAGCUUGUGGCUGAGAAACCAUGAGAAGGAGGCUACGAAGAAGCAGAACGCCAGUGUCCCUCGACGGGAGGAGCUGAAGAGACUCAAGAAGGAAUUGUGUCAGAAAUUUGCCUUGGAAGAUAUUAGGUGGCAGCGCUCCUGGGGAGUGACUCACAGAUGCUGUCAGCUCCAGAGUCUGAGCCGUCUCUCCCAGCAGAACCCUGAGGCUGUGCUCAACCUGCGAGGACACACUAUAAUAUUCACUGACCAAUCAGGGAUGAAUGCCUCAGGUCAUGUGAUGCUGGGAACAAUGGAUGUUCAUCACCAAUGGACAAAACUGUUUGUGAGUCUCCCCAGCUACCGUACCCUGCUCCAGCAGACAGAGUGGCUGAAGGAGAGGAUCAGCCAUGUGUUGGGAGGUAUUCAGGUAAUUAACGUAGAGAGACUGGGACCUGUACAGCCUAUAGAGGAACACUGCAGCAUCCUCAACACCUUCCAUAAGAGACUACUGGCCCGACGCCUAGCCCUGCAUCCCAGGAGCCUGCAAGGUCUGGCCAUGACCCUGGAGAAUGAUCGCUCCAGCCCCAGCCUGCAUGAGAUGGGUCACUUCAUCAUCCCAGCCACCUGUGAGCCCAGCAGACUACAGACUUUCCUCCAGAGCAUGGCCUGGGAGGCCCGACAACGAAUCAAACACAGGAACCAGCUGCAGAAGGAGGAGGAGGAGGUACUGCUCCACUGCCUGGAGGCUCUGGCCCUGAGGAAUCUGUCCAAGGAGCCCAGUGUCAGACACAACCAGAUGAUCCCCUGCUGCAGGCGGUUGCUGGAGGAACGCUCCCCCCUCAUGGAGGGCCUCCGGGUGGAGGUCUCCCACUUCUACUCUGUCAUGCAGGACGGGGACUUGUGCAUCCCCUGGGACUGGCAGGGCUGAGGGGACAGGGACAGGGGACAGGGGACAUGCUGCAGCACGCCUGGUUGAACCAGACUCAAUGCUAUUCUCGCCAUGUCUACCACCAAGCUACACUGCAGCUGCCACACAGAGAAACAAACCGACCGACUCUCACAAGGUCAAUCACGUUAUCCUUCUACUGGAGAGGCCAGAUAAACAGACAUACUCUUUUCACACUAUUGUGCUGAACCAGGGCCCGGUUUCCCAAGAGCAUCUUAAGGCUGAGUUCAUAGUUAGAACCUUGGUAGGAGCAUUGUUAAAUCUCUGAACUGUUUUCCAAAGCCAUCCUUACUAAAGUUGCACUUAAACGCUUGUUAUUUACCACCUGCCUCAGAUCACUCCUAGAACUGCUAGUGUUAUUUUUCCCUUCCACUAAACAUAGACUCAAGAUGCUUCUCUGUCUCUCUGUGAGCACCGAUAACUUCACAACGAUGUGGACUGCAAAUAUACAGUGCCUUGCGAAAGUAUUCGGCCCCCUUGAACUUUGAGACCUUUUGCCACAUUUCAGGCUUCAAACAUAAAGAUAUAAAACUGUAUUUUUUGUGAAGAAUCAACAACAAGUGGGACACAAUCAUGAAGUGGAACGACAUUUAUUGGAUAUUUCAAACUUUUUUAACAAAAAAAAAAAAAAUUGGGCGUGCAGAAUUAUUCAGCCCCCUUAAGUUAAUACUUUGUAGCGCCACCUUUUGCUGCGAUUAGAGCUGUAAGUCGCUUGGGGUAUGUCUAUCAGUUUUGCACAUCGAGAGACUGAAAUUUUUUCCCAUUCCUCCUUGCAAAACAGCUCGAGCUCAGUGAGGUUGGAUGGAGAGCAUUUGUGAACAGCAGUUUUCAGUUCUUUCCACAGAUUCUCGAUUGGAUUCAGGUCUGGACUUUGACUUGGCCAUUCUAACACCUGGAUAUGUUUAUUUUUUAACCAUUCCAUUGUAGAUUUUGCUUUAUGUUUUGGAUCAUUGUCUUAUUGGAAGACAAAUCUCCGUCCCAGUCUCAGGUCUUUUGCAGACUCCAUCAGGUUUUCUUCCAGAAUGGUCCUGUAUUUGGCUCCAUCCAUCUUCCCAUCAAUUUUAACCAUCUUCCCUGUCCCUGCUGAAGAAAAGCAGGCCCAAACCAUGAUGCUGCCACCACCAUGUUUGACAGGGGGGAUGGUGUGUUCAGGGUGAUUAGCUGUGUUGCUUUUACGCCAAACAUAACGUUUUGCAUUGUUGCCAAAAAGUUCAAUUUUGGUUUCAUCUGACCAGAGCACCUUCUUCCACAUGUUUGGUGUGUCUCCCAGGUGGCUUGUGGCAAACUUUAAACAACACUUUUUAUGGAUAUCUUUAAGAAAUGGCUUUCUUCUUGCCACUCUUCCAUAAAGGCCAGAUUUGUGCAAUAUACGACUGAUUGUUGUCCUAUGGACAGAGUCUCCCACCUCAGCUGUAGAUCUCUGCAGUUCAUCCAGAGUGAUCAUGGGCCUAUUGGCUGCAUCUCUGAUCAGUCUUCUCCUUGUAUGAGCUGAAAGUUUAGAGGGACGGCCAGGUCUUGGUAGAUUUGCAGUGGUCUGAUACUCCUUCCAUUUCAAUAUUAUCGCUUGCACAGUGCUCCUUGGGAUGUUUAAAGCUUGGGAAAUCUUUUUCCGGCUUUAAACUUCUUCACAACAGUAUCUCGGACCUGCCUGGUGUGUUCCUUGUUCUUCAUGAUGCUCUCUGCGCUUUUAACGGACCUCUGAGACUAUCACAGUGCAGGUGCAUUUAUACGGAGACUUGAUUACACACAGGUGGAUUGUAUUUAUCAUCACUAGUCAUUUAGGUCAACAUUGGAUCAUUCAGAGAUCCUCACUGAACUUCUGGAGAGAGUUUGCUGCACUGAAAGUAAAGGGGCUGAAUAAUUUUGCACGGCCAAUUUUUCAGUUUUUGAUUUGUUAAAAAAGUUUGAAAUAUCCAAUAAAUGUCGUUCCACUUCA